ACAGAUCUCGCGAGAUCUGAACUCUCGUCCCUGACAGCCGGGCGUCCAGUCCCGGGGUCAUGGGAGGAGGGCUCUGGGCUCCGGCGUGGAGAUGUAUUGCUCUCUGUGGCUGGCGUUGGCGCCACCGUGGCUCCUUGACCAGAGUUGCGGAACGGAUAGAGCCUUUUCUUCGGCCGGGAUGGAGAGGGACUGGAGUUGCUGAGAGGGGACUGAGGCGGCUUGGGACGUGGACGCGCCCGAGUCGGGCGCGGGGUCCGAGCGUGGAGCCGCCGUGGCGGCCGAAGAGCACGAACCCGUUCGCGCGUGCGCAGGAGGAGGCCUGGCGGCGGCGCAACAAGACGGUCCUCACCUAUGUGGCCGCGGCCGCGGUGGGCAUGCUGGGGGCGUCCUACGCCGCCGUGCCCCUGUAUCGGCUCUAUUGCCAGACUACUGGACUUGGAGGAUCUGCAGUAGCAGGUCACGGGUCAGACCAGGUUGAAAGCAUGGUGCCCGUGAAGGACCGAAUCAUUAAGGUUACCUUCAAUGCAGAUGUACACGCCAGUCUCCAGUGGAACUUCAGACCUCAGCAAUCAGAAAUAUACGUGGUACCAGGAGAGACUGCACUGGCCUUUUAUAAAGCUAAGAAUCCUACGGACAAACCAGUCAUUGGAAUUUCUACAUAUAAUGUUGUACCAUUUGAAGCUGGACAGUAUUUUAAUAAAAUACAGUGCUUCUGUUUUGAAGAACAAAGACUUAAUCCCCAAGAAGAAGUGGACAUGCCAGUGUUUUUCUACAUUGACCCUGAAUUUGCAGAAGAUCCAAGAAUGGCGAAUGUUGAUCUUAUCACUCUUUCUUAUACUUUCUUUGAAGCAAAGGAAGGUCAUAAGCUGCCAGUUCCAGGUUAUAACUGAAGUAGUAUCCAAGCCUUGCUUCAGACUUGUGAUUUUUGAAAAAUCAUGUACCUUGCAUUCUCAUUAGAGAAAUAUUCUACACUAUGAAUUGAAAUUUUCUAUUUUAAGUGGUUCUCCUUUUUUUCCUCCAGUGAAUUUACCUUACUGAGAAUUGAGAGAACAGAUUCAACUUUGGUCAUAAGAAACUGAUACGCAUGGGAUUGUUCCAUAACGUACUUAGGAAUUUGAUGGUUUAAAAUAAAACAAGGUGGUAUAAUCUGAAAAUGGAAGAGGGGUCACUAAAUUCUAAUGACUUCCUCAAAGAUUACAAGCUUAUUUCAAAUGUGAUGCUGUUCUUCUUUAUGGUCUAAGGCUAUGGUACAUUCAAAAUAGUGAAUAUUUUAAUUACUUUGAAAUGGUGGUAUCAUGAAAUUGAAAUAAAAUACAUCUACUAGGCUGGUAGCAUCUGCCAUCAUAGUUCCAAUUCACUGAAUGUUCAGAUGUAAGGAUAGGAUUGUGAAAGUUUACUGAUACACAAGUAUAAGUUCCUCUGCCAACAAAAUUUUGUAAAAAAAAUUUUAUUAAAUUAUUUUAGUAUUUAUUUGUCA